AGUGAUCUGCAUGAUCCUCUGGUCGUGAUCCCUGCUGUUGAUGUUCGUGCAGCUCUUUCGUCAUCUUUUUGCGACCUUCUACUUACUCGAAACCUUCGUUUAUACCUCUUGGUCCUCUGCUCACUUGUUCACAUCGACUAUUUUUUCACUUAUUACCAAUCUUAUUUACAGGUAGCUAGGACGUACCCUAGGACGUGGUGGAUGUUCUGAUUUUGCAUGUUGGUGUCUCUUCACCGUUCACUUUGUUCUACUUGUGUCCAGUAGAACAAAUUUGUUUCACUGAUAGAUUAGUCUUGAUUGGCAGCUGCAGCUGCUGUAGUUAGAAGAAGUUUUUAUCAAGAACUUGCAAAAAGUUUGACAUCCGCAUAUCAUCCUCCCCGUCCUCGUUCUUGCAUCCAAAGUUUGCUUUUCGAAACCACCUCCACUUCCGCCAGAAUGGAGGUCAAUACUCGGCAGAUUGCCGAGUUUAUCGAAACUAAGCAGUAUAAGAAAGCGCUCAAAGCGGCGGACCUGAACCUGAAGAAGCAUCCUAAACAUGCGGAGACACUUUGUACAUCGACUUAUUCUAAAAUUUGUACACUUCCUCGGCUUCCUUUGUCCAUCUUCUAAACUACUUUGGAGGUAGUUGAAAAGCUUGAUCUUGAAGAAACACGAAUAAGCUGCAGGGCGAAAUAUCCUCAAUCUCAUCAUCCCCACCACAACAGGUCUAAAGAGUCUGACUCUCCGCUACGUUGGCCGCAAAGAGGAGAGCUAUGACCUGGUGAAGGAAGGACUUAAAUAUGGGCUCAAGUCCUAUGUCUGCUGGCAUGUCUAUGGCCUUAUGCACAGACAUGACAAGGAUUACGCACAGGCGAUCAGCUGUUACAGUAAUAUUGGCUUUUUACACCUUAAUCAUGAUCAUAAUCACUUUUUUAUGUACUGCGUUGAUAUAAUUAUAAUCGUGUACCAGGUUUUUUUUGACCAUCUUCAAUUUUCUCUAACCUUAUGUAUCUAUGAAAUUAUGAUGAUCAACAUGAAGAAUUUAUUGAAAUUGAAUUUCUAUUGAUUUCAAUUCAAUGCACACCUAACUACAUCGUCCUACCCCAAACAGGAAACGCAUUGAAGUUCGAACCGCAUAAUGUGCAGAUUCUUAGGGAUUUGGCACUUCUGCAGCUCCAUGAGCGCGAUUUGUCCGGAGCAGUGGAAACGAGGAAAAGGCUGUGUGGUAAGAGCAUUCUCCUUUUUUGACUGAGGAUAUUUUUUUCUCAUGCAUGGUGGUCAUACUACUCAAUAGACAACUUCUCAAUUUGUUUUACUCUUCCCGCCUACACUAACACUCUUUACAAUCCAAAUCCAAUCUCCACUUCCACUGCCUCUUCCUCGACCGAACCACAACAGAAACCGCCAAAACUUCGAAUAUCAAUCUGAUCGGGUACGCUGUCACCGAACACAUGGCGGGAAACCCGACCAAGGCGUUCGAAAUCCUCGACGAUAAGAGCAAGAUCAUCGACGAUUUUUCUAGAGUGGACAGGAGUGAGAUGCAACUCUACAAAGCCAUGCUCCUAGAGCAGUCUGGAAAGUGGAAAGACGUUCUGCAGUUACUGCACGACAAAGAGCCGCACAUUGUGGACAAAAUGAAGCUGAAGGAAACGAAAGCCAGGAUAUUGAUGUACUUAGACUGCUACAAGAUCUUAAGGUCCUCGUUCUCUCUACUCGAUCAUGUUCAUGUUCAUCUAGCCAAACACACACACACACACAAUCUCCAUUCAACCCCAAACAUGGAAUUCAUUUCGCUACCUACUAAAAACGCAUUGAUGUCCAUGUCCUCUACCAUCGAGUUAAAUAUUGCUUCUUCUACUUCUAGGUAUUGCGGCAAACUGACCGAAGCCCAUGCCCUCUACAAGGAAUUGUACGCUAGAAAUCCCGAAAAUCACGUCUAUAUUUUGUGCUUAGUCGCGACGGACGUGAGAUUUCGUGAGUUUUGGCCACCAGUAGCUGCGCCAGCCUUGACCCCCAAGGACGCAGCUGGCGCAGAUGAGUCCUGCUCUACAACAGCUGGCGAGGAUGCCAGCACUUCAUCCCCAUCACAGAGCGAUUUGAAUAGUGAAGACAGCGCAAAGCUGAAGGAUGGGAAGGAUCUUUGCUCUAAAGAAGGAGGAGGAGAUAAGAACAAGAAAGAAGAGAAGCCAACAGGUGCUGUUGAGGGAGCUGGAUCCAGUAGUUGCUGUUCAGGCGGUGUUUGUUCUGCUAGUGGACCGAAAACCGGCACGACAGCUGCUGCUUCAUCGUCUUCACCCUCAAUCGCAGACGAGAUCGACUGGGCCAGCAUCAAAUACGGGGCCUCUCCUCAUAGCAACGCACAGGCGUUCCCACCUGAGUUUCACCCAGCAGGCGCACCGGUUUUUGGGUGGCCAGCAUCUGCAGAUAGGAACUCGUUUUUGCAGAAGGCACAAUACAAGAGAAUAGGGAAGAGAAUGGUGAAGCAAAAGAAGCCGUUUCUGAUGUACCCACUAGGUGGUGACAUACCAGUCGAAAAGCAGAAGGAGUUGCUGGAAUUCAUUGGUGAACUCAGAGACACGAAAAAAUCCGAGUCAGCGGAAAGAAUUGCGCUAUUCUUCUUGAACGGAACGCUCUUUCAGGAGAAAUUGAAGGUACUUUCACAACUUUCACUUUCUGUUUCCUCGAAACACUUGAAUUUGCUCCACCUCUACUGUACUUGAAGAACUUCAAACCAUGUAACUCAUGUCGAGAUCUUCCUCUAGAAGUACUUCCUCUUAGAAAAAAUAUAUCGAUAUCCUAAAAAUAAUCAUGGUCCUAAAAAUCCUUUCUUCAACACAGCCAACCUUUAUCACAGAAAUUCCUGCGACCACGAUUGCAGAAGGGACUGCCAUCAUUGUUCCGCUUAUUGAAGCCGUUCUAUUUCCACGACUCAGUCAGAUGGAAACUCAUAGAAGACGCGCUGUUGGAAAUGCUUGGUAUUACAUGUUGUUGGGUCUUAUUUUCUAUUUUCAAUGAACAAAAACAAUGCUUAGAUCAUAGGACGAUUAGAAUCCGAAUAAGGAGAAAAAAAUGCUGCGCAUUUUUGCCGACUAAGCCAAAUAUGAUAGUGAAUUCUUCCUCGACUUUGGAAAUUCAGGUCCUCUCGAGCAGCAGCUCGCUUUCGAAGGUGAGGGAGCGGAUUCCACGACUCCAACGAGUCUCUUAUUUCUCUACCAACUGCUGGCAGAGCAUUACAACAUUAUGGGAGAGUUUGAGACUGCGCUGAAGUAUAUGGAAAUAGCGAUCAAAAUGGCGCCAACACAUCCCGAACUCUACAUGAUGAAGGGAAAAAUCCUCAAGGAUAGCGGAGAUUUGUGGACAGCCUGUGAAUUCUACAACGAAGCUAGAGAAUUGGAUUUGGCUGAUAGGUAGAACAAUACUUAAUGUAGAUGUUGGUUUUGUUUGGGUCUCUCUUUUAUGAAGAAGAUAGCACCUAGACCUACGUAGUACUAGUUGGAUAACAUCAUGACUACCACCUACAUCAUCAUUAUCAACAUCUUCUUCUGACUCAGAUUCUCAAAUGCCCCUUAGGUAUCUGAACACCCGAGCCGUGAAAGCUAUGCUCCGAAUCGACGACUGCAAGCGCGCUCAGCCGACCAUGAUCUUGUUUUCGCGGGAUAGCGCGGCCGCCAAUGCCCCGCAAGAACCAGGCAUUGAGGCCGCUACUAACUUGCACGAUAUGCAGUGUCUCUGGUACGAGUCCGAAGUCGCCAGGUCGUACAUGCGACAACAAAUCUUCGGAAGGUCUCUACGCUACCUCAAAGAAAGCAUUUCGCAUUUCAACGACAUCUCGGACGAUCAGUUCGAUUUCCACAACUACUGUCUGCGGAAAAACGGCUUAACGACUUACACAAGCAUGCUGAAGAUGCAGGACCACUUGUUCAGCCACAAGUUCUACCGAAGAGCUGUGAAAGACAUGCUGCGACUUGUCAUGUUGUUGAUGGACAAGAAAGAGUUGGAGGCGGCGGGUCCUCGUGGAGGCUCUCCGGCGACGGGAGCAGCUGCAGAGGGAGGAGCAGAUGCUCCUGCACAAGCAGCAGGUGCACCGGCAGAGCAAAAAGAGCUUUCAGCAGCAGAAAAGAAGAAGCUCAAGCAUGCGGCGAAGAGACAGGGGAAGAAGGUACUUAAUAUUUACAUAGAAGUACUUGUUAUGUCUACUUGGAUGAGCUUAAUAUUUGUGACUCUCACUUCAGACAACGAAACUUGUUUAUAAUUUUUAUUUUGAGCUCUUGGAGCUUGUCCUUGAAGACGGCCGCGUCUGAACUUGCUGUAGUAAUCGACUUUCUUCACUUGUUGGACUCAAAACACAACUACAGGCCGAGGUCGAAAAAGAAGCUUCCAAGCAACUCGAGGCUGCAACCGUGCUUCCUUGCACUGUGAGCAAAUCCACUGACCCUAAUGGCACAGAAUUCCUCCGAAACAUGGAUCUCGAUAAAGAAGCCACCACCUUAAUCCAGUCUUUGCUCCGCUUUUCACCGCAAGACCCGCACACCUUUUCUUGCGCCUACCACUACUACUCACGUCAGAAGAACCAUUCACGAAGGUGCGCAAAGAUGCUGUUGGAUAUGUGCAAACUAGAACUGCGCAUGGAGAGGAAUUUCCGACAAAGCAGCUUCGAAAUGAUGCCAAGAACUAGUACUACCUCAGCAGGAGCAUCCGCUUCAUCCUCAUCCUCAACAAGUGGUCUCAAUCCAUUGGAAGCAAUUCCCUUUCUCACACGGCCAACGGAAAACCACUGGCUGCUGUCAGAGACUCUGCCGUGUUUGGCGCACUUUGUCAAUGUGUAUCUUCUUGCCGAUAAGGGUGGUGCUGAAGAACUUCAGAGCGAAGAUAUUAGAAAGGAAACGCUGUCCAUGCUAGGCGAAAUCCUGGCCAUCAUGACAGUUUCAUCUUCUGACGUCAUGACCAUACCAAGUAUUGAAUCGGCAGGAGAUGUUGCACCCGCGGCUAGUAGUUCUUCUUGCAGCAAUAGCUCCGGUGCUGGAGAAGCUGAUACUAAAAAGGCAGCAUCAUCUUCUUCUUCCCCAGCUCUACCAUCUUCAGUCUCAUUACCUGACGUAGCAGAUGCAAAGAAAUUCGUAGGUGAGAAAUUCUUGAAGCCAGUGGAUUCAUGGAAGUGCACAACGAUGAAGGAGCACGACGCACGAUUCCGCAUAUGGAAGGAAACCGGAAAAGACAAGAAAUUCUUGUCUGACCAGUUAACGUCACAGCUGAAACCUGAAGGUACUUAAUACAAUUUAAAGUCGUGUACUAACCCUUCAUCUACAAUCCUUAUCCUAUUUCUACUAACCCUUCAUCUACUUCUUACUAACUAAUAGUUUCGAAAGUAGAUCCUAUUUGUGCUAACCCUUCAUCUACUUCUUACCUACUUAUUCAUCCUUAUCCUAUUCUUGUCCAACCAUACAUUCUCAAAUUCUACAACAACAGCAUCCUGGGGACCCUUCGAGCAUUUCCAGAAGUUUCAGGGAUAUCUGGAAUUAGAGCUCCAAACUCUUGGCUUUGUUACGCCGGAAGCCGUGACAGCGUUCGCGGACAAAUGCAAAGGACUCUUCACCACGUCUUUGAAACUGAUGCAACAGAGUAUCAUGGAUGCGGCGCCAACUGCUACUGCUACUUAAGAAGCCUCUCUUUCUUAUACUUUGAUGAAAUAGAGAACGAUUCAGACUACUUGGGUGCGUGUGGUGCCUUAUUCGAAGAAACAAAUCUAACGACAACUCCAAAUUGUAAUUUCAUUUGGUAUAAUCAUGUGAAAUUGUACUUCUUUUUGGUGCAGGUGCUCAUCUUCCUCUAUAAUUGUGUGCUCGUUUUGCUCAUUUUUCUAUCGCAGGGGUAGCUCUAAUCUUCAUGCUAAUCGCCGUCUAGUCCUUCUAUCAUUAUCAUUAGUGGUCGUCUGGUUUUUAGGUCCUCGUCUUCUUGUGUACGAUAUGGAAAAAAGUUCUUCUUCCUCGCUUGGUGAAGGAAGUGAAGACGUGUCUUUCUUUGCAAGAAAAGAUACUUGCUGCUACCCGAGGCGGUAUCGUAAACAUACACGCAGUCUAAUGAAAAAAUGGAAAUGAGAAAUUCUACAAAAAGCACAUGCUUAAUGUAUAUCGUGUUUUCGCAAAAAACAUUUUCAAAUUCCUCAUGAUACUUCAACUUCUACCAGUACUAUUGACGAAGAUAACUCUCGUUACAUCGUUGCAGUCGUUCCAUCAAUACGCUCUAACGUUCUCCUGCGACGCAAGCAGGUUUUUUUCAUUAACCCAGUGAAGUGACACUUCAGAAGUGUCGCGCGACUUUCUAGACGAAAAUGCUUCACGAAUACCCGCCCCAUAAAAAUGUGUUUGGUUUGUGAGCAGCGCAAACUGUUAAAGCAAGGACCUUCCGCUUUGAGUACAUUAAUGUUGUUCGUGAGAUGGCGAUAA